CUAAGACUUUCGUCUUUGUCAAGAUUGUCAGUUCGCAGUUCUCGUGCGCCAGCAGCCAUGGCAGCCAAAUCAGCUGCUGCUAUACGCAAAAAUUCACAUAGAUCGGACCAUUUAUUCCAAAAACUUAUUAAAAAUCCUAAAAUACCUUUCGCUUUCGCUUUACUCUUCGCUGAUUCCAUCCUCGUUGCGCUGAUCAUCGCCUACGUUCCAUAUACAAAAAUUGAUUGGGAUGCUUAUAUGUCUCAGGUUACUGGCUUUCUCGGAGGAGAGAGGGACUAUAGUAACUUGAAAGGUGAUACGGGACCUCUGGUUUACCCAGCAGGCUUUCUUUAUGUUUACUCUGCUAUACAAUAUGUUACCGGAGGUCAAGUCUUUCCUGCUCAGAUUCUUUUUGGCUUUCUCUACAUGCUGGAUCUAGCAAUUGUCGUGUUCAUCUACUUGAAGACUGAUGUGGUACCUUGGUGGGCUCUCUCCUUGCUUUCUCUGUCUAAAAGAGUUCACUCUAUCUUUGUUCUUCGAUUAUUUAAUGAUUGUUUAGCCACUACUCUCCUCCAUGCUGCAUUGGUCUCAAUUAUUUGUCAAAAAUGGCAUCUAGGGUUGGUAAUUUUCAGUGGAGCUGUUUCUAUAAAGAUGAAUGUGCUCCUGUAUGCACCACCUCUGUUGCUCCUGAUGGUGAAGGCAAUGGAUAUUGUUGGAGUGAUAUCUGCUUUAGCAGGUGCUGCAUUAGUGCAGAUUCUCCUCGGGCUGCCUUUUAUCCUGUCACAUCCAGCUUCAUAUAUAUCAAAAGCUUUCGAUCUUGGUCGUGUUUUCAUCCACUUCUGGUCUGUUAACUUCAAAUUUGUUCCUGAAGAAAUCUUUGUUUCUAAAGCUUUUGCUCUCUCCUUGCUAGUUGCUCAUCUCAGUCUGCUGUUGAUUUUUGCUCAUUACAGAUGGUGUAGGCAUGAAGGUGGACUGUUUGCUGUCGUGCAUUCUAAAAUCAUUCAACUGAAGCUUAGAUUUUCUCACAGAAAUACGUCUCCGACAAACAGAGUCCUUCAAACUGACCAUAUUGUGACAACUAUGUUUGUCGGGAAUUUCAUUGGCAUUAUAUGUGCCCGAUCCCUCCAUUUCCAAUUUUACUCUUGGUACUUUUAUAGCUUACCAUAUUUAUUGUGGAAAACGCCAUUUCCAGCCCUCCUACGUUUAAUGUUGUUCGCAGCUGUUGAGUUUUGCUGGAAUAUCUUUCCCUCCAACAGUUACUCAUCAAUACUCCUCCUCUGUGUUCAUUUAAUCAUACUGGGCGGUUUAUGGAUCAGUUCUCCGGAAUAUCCAUAUGUUGGAAAAACAACCGAUAAAUCAUCAUCUGAGAAGAAGGCCAGAUGAAGCACUACAUGCUUUCUCUCAGAGAACUGGUUAUGCCUUCGAAUGACAGAAUUACCUGCCCUCAUCCCUGACCACCAGAGUGUUGAAAUCUGAUGCUCUAACCAGAAAGGCGUCGUUUGGUUUUACUGAGAGGAGUUUUUGGUUAUUCUGUUAAUUUGCUAGAAUAAUUUUAAAUCCUUACUUUGUUUAGAUAGCAUACAACAAAUUUACAAAGCUGGUCACAACCACCAUCUUAGAUUCUAAAAUACAUACAAACGACCACCCCUCAUUGAUCAUGGCCCAUGGAAUUAAGGAUGAAAUAUUCUAUGGUGUUUUUUUCAUUUGAGGAUUCAUUAGCAUAAAUCUGAAUUAGACUUGAAAUUUCAAAAGGUCAGCCUUCUUUCUUUUUAUUUA